AUGCGAUCAAGGCUACUAGGAAAAAGUUUGGCCUCCUUGUAUGUACGACCGCCCGUUACGUGCUAUACUGAUGCCUGUGAGGCUCCGGUGGCCAUGUGGAACGGUGCAAUUCCAUUGAAAGAGUUUCGUACAAUGCAGCGGGGUGUUCCAGUGCGAUACGUGGCGAAGCUGUACUCUCACCCCCCAGAAACUGCCCCAACGCAGCUUUCCUUUAAUGAUAUCAAUUCGAUGUAUUGCAUUGGCAAUGAGGAAUUGAUGAAGUUUUUUCCAGAGGGUUUAGGGGGAAAAGUGAUGCAGUUGAUGCCCCCAGGUCACCCCAGAGGGUUUUUAUAUCGAAAGGAGGCACAUUUGUUGAACCUGUUCAUCGACAAAAUACUGUACUGGGAGGCGAAGCGUGAUGUGCUAAACUCCCUCACAAAUAAUCGUCCCGGUUUUAUCAUUGAUGGUUCCACAGGAUGUGGUAAGAGUGCCCUUAUGACUCAAGUGGUGCACUACGCCCGCUCGAGAAACUUACUGACAUUGUAUGUACCAAACGCUAAAGACUGGACUCACGGGGAAUGGUGCUGGCCAAGCACUAUCUUGCCGGGUUUCUUUGAUGCCCCGGAUGCCGCACGAUCGUUCCUUCGAUACUUUGCACGGGCCAACCGCAGCACGUUGUUGUCAUGGCGCCUUAAGUGCACACCAAAUGAUCUGCCGGUGGAGCAGGGGGAACGACAACCACAAAACUUGUAUGAAUUUUGCGAAUGGGGACACAAGGCAGUGGCCCCGGCCUCAAUUGAUCGCCAGAGUGUCUGUAUCAAGUUCCUCCUGGACGAGCUUAGUGAAGAAAAGAAGAUUCCUAUUGUUAUUGUUGUGGAUGGGUGGAAUUUAUUCUCCCAUGAUACUCAUUUUCGGUAUCCGCAUCCCGACUUUCUUCGCACACUUGCUUCUCUAAACGAUGACUCCACUGACGUCGAUCUUUAUCCGCAGGAAAUGCCUCGUAUUCCUGCGUCCCGCCUUAGCUUCGUCCGCGGCUUGAAUAAAAUGAUUCUCUCCAAGGAUGAACCGAAUAAGUUUUUUUUUACCUGCACCACGAGAGAUUUUAAACCAUUUGACGGUAUUAGCGGUUUUCCAGAUGUUGAAACCGAUCGUUUCACGAAUUGUCUAGAUGAAUAUGCCCCGUACGAUGCAGAAAAGGACUCUCUAUUUCAUCCUAUUCAUUUAGGUAACUUUGAUGAGUACGAAUUUCGAGCCUUUACAAGAUUCCUUGUGAAUUCUGGUGAGUUGGCAGGCCUUGGCUGGGGGCCCUUGUGGCAUUUUUCAAGCAGUUUUGAGCGAAAACUGUAUAAAAUAGGGUUUCUCUCUGACAGCAACCCACAAGGGGUUAUUGAUCACUACCACCAGGAGUUAGUAUGGCGCUAUGAAUACCAGAGGACACGGCAGAAACAGUACCUGCUGCAUCGCAAUAUUGAGCUGGAAGCGUCUUCGAGGAAAACGGGUCACGCUAGGCAUAAAGAACUGUGA